AGGCUGAAACGCGUAGGAGAUUUGAGGGAAUUCUUUGGUUGAAAUGACAUCGGCUUUUGUGGAGGCUCUCUCUGUCCUAACGAAACCUAUCGGAGAGGCCUAUGUGAGUCCUGCGCAGUCUACGCAGCAGGGGGCGCUGUUGUGCGCGCUGCAGGCAAACCUGGAGCUUCUAGAAGAACGCCUGAGGGUGGAGCCGGGAUGGGAGGAGCUACGCGGCCUGAGGGAACAGGUCCGCCAGGGGGCGGGAUGGUACCGGCACACAGAGGACAUCACCUGGCGCUUCACGCAGGAAUGUCUUCUCCUUCUGCUGAGUUUGGCUCGUCACCUGACCCGCCUGCUGGAGUCCUUCCGCCCCGCCCCAGCUCAGCCCAACCCCCGCACCCCCGAGGCGGCCCCGCCCCUGCCCCCGGACGUUCUCAGCGUGAGCCAGCAGAAGGCCGUCGGGGCGGCGCUGCAGUUUGCGGUCACGCUGGGCCUCUGCCCGUACCUGGCCCCUGGGGUGGGCGUGCCCCUGGGGCGCAGGUCGGCGUUCGGGGCGGUGGUGGAGGGGGCGGUGCGCCGAGGCGAGGCCCCCGCCUGCGACCGCCGGCUCCUGGCCACCACAUCCGUGCUGCUGGAGAUAUCCCAGCUCUCCUCUCUCGCUACCUUGGUCUUCACGCGGCACCUGGGUGACGUCACGGCGGGUCUCUGCCAGCUGGGACACCGCCCGCAGAGGCCAGAGGGGGGCAGCAGUGAGUGCGAAAAGGGCAUCAGCAUGGAAGAGCGCUUGAAGUGCAGGAAGGCUCUGCAGGACCUUCUGGGGAAGGUGUACCAGCCAAUUGUCAUUAAAGAGCUCCUGAUUCUUCAAGGGGGUCCCAAACAGGCCCCUCCCGGCUGCGGCGGGCAGCCCCUGGCCCAGGCCCCGCCCUGGCUGCGCCGCCUGUGUGGCCAGCUGCUGUCAGACAGGCUGAUGCAGCCCAGCGGAGUCCAGGCCGUGGUGAGAGCCGUGCUGGAAGGGGGCGCUGGGCCAGAAGUGGCUGUGACAGACUGGAGGAAGUGUGAUGCAGUGGCCAGGAUCCUGGCGGCCUGCCCUCAGCAGUCUCUCUCUCUGGAGGACUACUACAGCCAGGUGUGCCCGCAGGUGCUGGAGCUGCUGCACUUCAAAGACAAGCUGACAGCCCUGCAGUUUCAGCGCGUGGUCACCAGGGCGGUGCUCACCAUGGCGCAGGAGCGUCCAGAGCUUGCCCAGAGGCACCUGCUGGCCCCUCUCUUCGGCCCGCUCGCUCGCUGCGGAGGUGCGACAGGUCCUGUGGAGGAGUGGGAAAUAACACGUAGCGUGGAGGAUGUGUACAAGGUGUGUGUAGUUGGGAACAGUCCAUGCCCUGCUCUGUUGAAGGCUCUGGGAGACACAGUUCCUGUGCUCUUCUCUCUGUACUGUUUCACCAAGCAGAGUGUCUGCCACUUACGUGCUCCCUGUCAGGAGAUCCUCCUGUGGUACCUGGCCAACACAACACCCCAGGAGGCCCUGAACUCUCUGAAGCAGCUGUGUGGUCUCAGCAGCCAGGCGGGCGGCGUCGCCCCUGGGCUCCAGUUCUCACCCGGCAGUGAGGGAGGAGCCACACUUACACAGAAAGAGCCUGUCAGUGAUGAAGAUGAGGCUCUGUAUGAGAAGGUGUCAGGGGAGCAGUGGAGCGUGGAGUGUCUGGUCCAGCUGCUGGCCGAGAUAAAGGACAGCGACCUGCCCGGAGACUUCUUCCUGGAGCUGCUGAAGGAGCUGACUGGCGUGGCGGCGGAGCAGGAUGAAGAGGAGGAUGAGGAGGAAAGGAUGGACACAGCAGCCAUGACGCUGCUGGAGCUGGAACAGCACCUGCUGAGGCGCGGUGAGGGCCGGGGCCGGAGGCUGGCCCUGCUGCAGGUGCUGGCGGUCAUGUGUGAGGGCCUCUCCCACACCCUGCUGCUGCGCAAGCCCUCCCAGGUGGUGCAGUUCAUCGUGGCUAUGCUGGAGCGGGCCUGUGUGGGUUUGGACCACGACUCUGAGGGACCUAUGGAGACCCAGACUCUCAGCAUGGGGAUGGGCCUGGUGGCCACCAUGAUGGCAGGAAAUAUGCAGCUGAGUGCGCAAGACUACGCAUCCAUGUCAGCGCUCCUGCCACCCCUGGACCGCAUUUCCCAGCAGCACCCAGACCCAGUCAUCCAAGAGCUGGCCAUGGACCUGAGGGCAGCUGUGGCAACGCAUGGGGCGUUCUGCCCCGACAGCGUAACCCGGGCAGCCCACCCCGUUGGCUCACAAACCGACACUGCCACACCUCACACCCCCCACAGAACACCCGCUUCCCAAAAAACCCACACCACAGCCACUCCCCAAACCACACCCAACACGCCUGCUUCCCAAGCCACUCCCCUCUCAGAGCACAGGAAAGCAAGUGCUUCUGCCAGGAGAGGUGACAGGCCUACCCAAACGCCCUUGGUGGAGGAGGUAUCACAGGGGGCGGCACGGAGUCCCACUGGAACAGAAGCUCACAUGACAGUGCCAGCGGGUGGCGGGUCAGGGGUCAGCAAGUCUCCCGCCGCCUCCCCCAGCAAGGCCUUCUCCGAGUGUCUGCUGGAGGCCUGCCACCCCGACGUCCCGACCCGGGCUGUGGCGCUGAGGACGCUGACGAGAGCGCUUCAGGAGAGGAACACCGAGGCGCUGCAGGCCCAGGAGAGAGUGCUCACCCUCUUUCUGGAGAAUCUGGAACACGAAGACACGUUUGUGUAUCUCUCAGCCAUUCAGGGCCUGGCCGUUUUGGCCGAUUCUUUCCCUGAAAGGGUCCUCCAGCGGCUGCUGCAGGAGUUCCGGGGUGGAGCCAUUGACCCCUCCCCCCACCAGGCGAGGCCGCUGGAGACGCGUCUGAAAGUGGGCGAGGCUCUGAUGAGGGCGAGCAGGGCCCUGGGUGACCUGGCUCCCCACCAUGGCCGGCCCCUGAUUGGAGCAUUCCUGCAGGGGGUAAGGGAUGAGGACAGCACCAUCAGGGCCAGCAGUCUGUCCAACCUGGGAGAGCUCUGCCAGAGGCUGAACUUCUCCCUGGGCCCGCUGGCACAGGAGCUGAGCUCCUGUUUGACGGCUCUGAUAAAGACGGAGCAGGAGCCCGAGGUGCGCAGAGCUGCUGUGCACGUCAUCGUUCUGCUGCUGAGAGGCCUGAGUGAAAGAACCACACAGGUCCUAGGCGAUGUUCUGCUGGACCUGUACCGGGCCCUGAAGUGGGUGGUGCGAUCGGACAGGGACGAUGUGGCUGUGGUGCAUGCCCAGCUGGCGUUGGUGGAGCUGGAUGAUGUCAUGAAGAAAUUCCUUUUCCCUGAGCAGAAACUGGAGAAGAAGAUUGUAGUGCUGCCCUGAGGUGGACACACCAAACAUGGCUUCAAAGAAGGGACUUCUGCCCUGCCACACCAAACAUGGCUCUUAAGGGGUGACAUCUGUGUUGACGCAUCAGGCAUAGCCAUAGAGGGACUUGAGCAGACUUUGUCAUCUUCAACAUCUUGGUCUAAUGGGAGUUGAAGGGACGGCUUUGUAAUGCACCUAUACUGGCCUUCACAAGCAACUAGUUUGCAGGUUCAAAUCCCAGGUUUGAGUGUGUUAUGUGACCAGGAUUGCUACGGUGAAUAUGCGGCUGUAUAAAUACAAAAUAUAUAUUUAUAUUCUGAGCAUUUGUAACUUCUGUCAGAU